AUGCAUGCUGACUCGUGUGGCCAGGACAAACCCACCGAGACCGCAAAAUCCACCACCAAGACCGGCCUCGAAUUUCUCGACCUCAUCCGGAAAACAAGUGACAAGAACGGCCGCCGGAUAGCAGAAUACUUUGAGACGCUGCCCCCGCGGCGCGGCAACGAGGCAUACUACAAAGCGGUCCGCAUGCCUAUCUCGCUGCAGGACGUGGAGGCGAAACUCAAGGACGGCCACUUCAAGAGCUUGUCCGAGCUCGAGUCGUACAUCAAACGCAUGGUGCUCAAUGUGCGCGAGUUCUACCCCAAGGGCUCGCAGCAGGUCGACGACUCGGAGCGCGUGCGCAAGGCCACGAGCAAUUUCAUGGUCAAGCACAACCCGGCCUACAAGCUGAACCAGGGCUACACGGCGGUGCCAACGCCGAUUCCCGACGAGGACGAGGACGAGGACGAGGACGAGGACGCAGACGGCGAGGGCGACGAAGACGCAGAGGGCGACGAGGAUGCCGAAGGCGAGGACGACGAGGGGGCAGCAGAGGAGGAGGCAGGAGACAACGAAGAGGAGGACGAGGACGAAGACAAUGUCGGCACACCAGCACGGCGAAAGAGCUCCUCCGCCAAGAGUAUGCGCGGCACGCCUCUCCGGGUCGUGCGAAAGACAGACCGUACAGUGACGCCGAGCCUGAAGCAGGACCACGACUUUGACGGCGUACCCUACAAGGGGCUCUCGUUCCAGGAGGCACAGGAGAAGAUUGUGGAGGAGAUUAUCCGGCGACCAGACGAAGAGGACCCGAGCUACGGCUAUUUUGAGCCGUUCUUCAACCUGCCACCACGCACGCUCAAGGACUACUUCCAGGUUAUCAAGGACCCGCUGUCGAUCAAGAAGCUGCAGAAGCUCGUCAAGGGCAUCCGCAGCCGGACAGACCGGUCGGGCGUGACCGAGUACAAGAGCUGGGCCGCGUUUGAAGAGAAAGCCAGUCUGCUGUGGGAGAACGCCUACUACUACAACGAGGACGGAAGCCCGAUUGCCAACAUGGCCAAGGAGCUCGAGAAAAUGUUCCGCGACGAGCUGAGACAGGCCAAAGAGGUGGUGCAGGAGCCGCCGCAGCCCAAGAUCAAGAUCAAGUCGGCCGCGGCCUCCACGCCGGCAAGCUCCAAGAAGAUUACGAUCCACGUUGCCAACACGCGUGGCAGCUCGGCCGAGUCGCCCAGUGGCAAACCAGCCGGGUCUGUGUCCUCGGACGCGCAGACAGGACGGGCGGCACCGACGCCGUCUGCUUUGGACAAGACGCGUGGCCUGUCCAAGGCUUCGCCGAGCCCGGCGACGUCUGCCGUGGCCGUGAACGGUGCCAAGCGCGAAUCCUCGUCGCGCGCGUCGCCAGCGCUGUCCCAGCAGCCAAACGGCGCUGUGGCCAACGGGUCACCCGCUCUGGCCAAUGGGACACCGGCCGGCGAGUCGACGGCCACGAACGGCGUGGCAUCAGCACCAAAGCCACCGAGCGUCCCGGCACGGCCAGUCUACGAAACCUCCAAGUUCCGCGAAGCCAACCGAGAGCCCCUCUUGGCAAACCUGACCGUUCAGACACACGCGGCACUCAACAGCGGCGACCGCCGGUUCGAGAUCCAGCUGCCACCACACCCGAAGCUGGCACAGCGGUCCGUGACCCUCAACAUCCCGCCGGGCCAGUGGCGUCAGCAGCUGUUUGUGUCGCUCAACCCGACCCUGCAAUCGCAACAGCGGACCUACAAGAUGUUUGUCAUUUCCAACGGCGCCACGCUUGGUCCGUCGCCGUCGCCGUCGCCGUCGCCGUCAACAGCCUCCCAGGGCCCCGGCUCCCUCCCUGGCGCCACCCCCCGACCCGACGACAACGCCAAGCUCUACGACGUCAACCUGCACCCGGGCGUCAACGUGGUGCAGGUGCAGGUCAUUGCUGGCCUCGCCAAGGGUCAGAAACUGCCCAGCGGCGCCGACGCCGAGCUCGAAAAGGUGACCAUCUUUGCCAAUUUGAUGAAGUACUAG